AUGUCGCAUUCGCAUCCAUCAAGAACGGCUAUACCUCGUGAAGCAGGAGCGCGGGGUGAGCAGCUUUCCCCGUCAAUGGCCAACAGGGCGCGAGCCACGUCGAUCAACCAUCUGCCAGACGAGCUUCUUUCCAGAAUUAUCUCGCUCGCGACGACUGCCGCCACCUCCGCAAAAUUGACAGCAGAACUUGACGGCGCAAAUGAAACCGGCACGACUGGUGAGCCCAACUUCACGGAUGGCCCCGGUUUUAGCAACCUCGCUGUCGUUUGCAAGCGAUGGAUGCUCCUGAUGACGAUCCUCCGCGUCCGCGGCGGCUUUAAGUCAAAGCAUUCCGAACUCCGCGGUCCCGAGCUGCGCGCCAUGACGCUUUCCGCUCCCGCCAUCUCCGCGCCGGCGCUCUUCCGCGCGCUGGCGCUCGCGCCGAGAGUCACGGCGCUUUCUCUGGAGGCGAACGCCGUCGAUUUCUACGACGACGAGUUCCUGUCUCGCCUGCUCUCCGCGCGCCCCCAGCUCGCCCGCCUCAGCAUCGCCCCUCCCCGCUUCACCGGAGCGCCCCACUUUCGAAUCGGCACGAAAGCUGUGGAGAAUUUCUUCCGCGUCGCGUCGUCGCGCCUGCAAGAGCUCUCGCUGCGCGAAUGCCUCGGCCACACGACGAAGCUCCCUGCUUCCGUCGCGUCGCUGUCGUCGCUGCGCGUGUUCCGCCUGUGCUCCAAGGUUCUCCGCUCGCUGCUCGACGAGAUGUGCCGGCUGUCUGCCCUGCAGGAACUUUAUCUAAGCUGCCCGUUGCUGCAGCAGCUGCCCGAAACUUUCGGCCGACUAAAGAGCCUGGAGCACCUUUCGUUUACAGACUUCACGGAAAUGCGGCGCCUGCCAGACUCGCUCGGCGAUCUCUCCUCGCUCACCUCUCUCCACGUCGACGGCUCGUGGCAGGUCGAUCGCUUCCCGCCUCGCGUCGGCGCGCUGCAGCAGAUGCGGCGACUGGAGCUGCGAAACUUCACUGGCGCGUCGUUACCAGACGCAUGCGAGAAAUGGGCGAAACUCGAAAACGUAACUCUGGAUUCGUGCGCCGACAUGGGCGCUUUCCAGCUCGCGUCCGUACACUCCCUCACGCAUCUCACCAUCAGUGCCUGCUAUAGGCUCCAGUCGCUCCCACCGAACCUGCCCUUCGCGUCGGCAUUGCGCCAUCUAACAAUCGGCAUUAGUGUCUUUCCCGGCGUAUCCCUCGAGACGCUAAGCAAUCUCGUAUCUUUGGAGCGGCUCGAGGUGUCAAGCGUCGACCCGACGGAGCGCUUUCCCGAGGCGCUCUUCGCGCUGCCGUCGCUGGCGUACGUGAAGACGGGGUACGUCUCGUGGGUGGAAGCAGACCACGUGGCGGCCAUGGAGGAGGCGAGGGAGCUAGCCGCGCUCUUCGCGUACCCAGCACCGUAUCAUCCCACUGCCGCCGCCCUCGCCGCAGCAGCAGCCACAGCCACAGCAGCCGCCACCGCAGCAGCAGCAGCAGCAGCAGGUGGUGGAGAGACGGGCUCCGUCUCGCCGCUGGGCCCGUCUCUGAAGCAUCUGAGCAUGUGCUUCGGUAACCUGUUGUACGGCCGGAGAGGCGACAGGCUCUCCGCGCGUCUGUGCUCGCUGCUCUCCCUCACGCACCUCUCCAUCGACUGUCUCUCGUCCUCCUCCCUCCUCCCCUCCGACCUAGGCCAUCUCUCCAACCUGCGCUCGCUCUCCCUGCAUGGCUCCUGGCUCUGCCUGCCGAACUCCCUCUCCCGCCUCGCCCCGUGCCUGCACUCGCUCAAGCUGCACUACAGCGGCGACAACUACGCGGAUACCUUCCGCCGGGACCUCCCGUCCUGUCUCGCGCGUCUCACCUCCCUCACGCACCUCCACCUCUGCAACAUGCACGUUCCCUCCCCCCCGCCUGCCCUUGCGCGCCUGCGUGCCCUCCGUACGCUGCGCAUAGAGUACGACAGUGGCGGCCCCACCCACGUGUCGCUUCCACAAAACCUCGGCCAGCUGGCAGCGUUGGAGUGGCUGGAGCUGAAAGACUGCUCCGUGGGAGCUGCGCUUCCGCAGUCCUUCUGUGACCUCAGCGUGCUGUGGCGCCUCUACCUCAGUAGCGACUCCUUGAAGCGCCUGCCCAAGGAGAUUGCUAAGCUGUCGCGCUUGGAAGAGCUCACUCUUGGCUGGUGCAUGAACCUGGAAACCCUGUCCUCUGGGUUUGGCCGCCUGGGAGCACUGAAGAAGUUGAGCAUUCGCAUUGGGCGGAAUGACUAUCUGCCUGACACCCUUAGCGGCUUAUCAUCCCUCGAGGAGCUCUCCUUGAGUGAUUGCUCUCACAGUUUCAGCCUGCCUCCCUCCUUCUGCCUCCUCCCUCACCUGCGCACGCUUGCUCUCACCAGCUGCAACGAUCUCACCACCCUGCCGUCUAACUUCGGCUCUCUAUGCUCCCUGCAGCGCCUCUCUGUUGACUCGUGCAAAAAGUUCCAACAUCUGCCCGAUUCCUUUUCCGCCCUUUCCUCCCUCACCUUUCUCACCAUCUCCAAGUGCCCGGUAUUUUCCUCCCUCCCUGAGACCUUUGGAUUGCUGCCCCGCCUAACCCGCCUCCGAAUUGUCGAAUGCGACUCAUUCACGCACCUUCCUGGCUCCUUCUCUUCCCUGCCUGCGCUCCGAGAGGCGUGCUUCAGCCUCUGCAAGCAGCUGUACUCCCUCCCGCCCACCCUUGGCAAGCUGCCGCGCUUAGAAGUGCUUCAGUUGAGGAAGUGUGAGGCGCUCAAGUCACUGCCUGAGUCACUCAGGCAGGUGAGGGCUCUGAGGCACGUGGAUGUGUAUGGCUGUGGGGUGUCGGAGAAAGGGGUCGAAGAGUCGCAAUUCUCCGAACUCCGCAGUAUCGAGCGGCGCGAGAUGACGCUCUCCGCUCCCGCGAUCUCCGCACCGGCUCUCUUCCGCACGAUGGCGCUCGUGCCGAGCGUCACAGCGCUUUCUCUGGAAGCGAACGCCGUCGAUUUCUACGACGACGAGUUCCUGUCUCGCCUGAUCUCCGCGCGCCCCCAGCUCGCCCGCCUCAGCAUCGCCCCUCCCCGCUUCACCGGAGCGCCCCACUUUCGAAUCGGAACAAAAUCUCUCGAGAAUUUCUUCCGCGUCGCGUCGUCGCGCCUGCAAGAGCUCUCGCUGCUCGAGUGUCUCGGCCACACGACGAAGCUUCCUGCUUUCGUCGCGUCGCUGUCAUCGCUGCGCGUGUUUCGCCUGUGCUCCAAGGUUCUCCGCUCGCUGCCCGACGAGAUGUGCCAACUGUCUUCCUUGCAAGAACUUUACCUUAACUGCCCGUUGCUGCAGCAGCUGCACGAAAACUUCGGCCAGCUAAAGAGCCUGGAGCACCUCUCGUUCACGGACUGCACGGAAAUGCGGCGCCUGCCGGAUUUGCUCGGCGAUCUCUCCUCGCUCACCUCUCUCCACGUCGACGGCUCGUGGCAGGUCGAUCGCUUCCCGCCUCGCGUCGGCGCGCUGCAGCAGAUGCGGCGACUGGAGCUGCGAAAGUUCAACGGCGCGUUACCGCAUGCGAAGAGUGGGCGAAACUCGAGCAGCUUCUGCGUAGCCACCUUCGGGUACGGCUCGAGAAGAGGCACGAUUUCUCCGCGCCUGUGCUCGCUGCUCUCCCUCACGCACCUCUCAAUUGACGGCCUCUACUCCUCCGUCUCCCUCCCCUCCGACCUGGGUCAUCUCACCAACCUGCGCUCGCUCUCGCUGCGUGGCGCUUGGCUCUGCCUGCCGCGCUCCCUCUCCCGCCUCGCCCCGUGCCUGCACUCCCUCACGCUGCAGUACAGCAACGACAAUAUGUCCGUCUCCUUCAACCGCAUGCUCCCUUCCUUCCUCACGGACCUCACCUCCCUCUCGCACCUCCACCUCCACAACAUGGAUCUUCCCUCCCCCCCGCCUGGCUUUGCUCGCCUGCGCGCCCUCCGCACGCUGCGCAUAGAGUGCGACAGCGAGUUCCAAAGCCGCGUGGCCCUUCCGGAAGAUCUGGGCCAGCUGGCAGCCUUGGAGUGGCUGGAGCUGAGAGGCUGCUUCUUGAUAGACGGGAUUCCGUCAUCCCUCUGUGAUCUGGCCUCCCUGCGCCGCCUGUUCCUCAAUAGCGAAAACCUAAAGCACCUGCCCACGGCGAUCUCGAACCUGUCGAGCCUAGAAGAGCUGACUAUAAUCUGGUGCCACCGUCUGGAAGCUCUACCCCCGGGGUUUGGCCUCUUGAGAGCCCUGAAGAAGCUGAGCGUUCAUGGUGGAUCGAAGGACUAUCUGCCUGACACUCUGGCCGGCUUAUCCUCGCUUGAGGAGGUCUCUUUGGCUCAUUGUUCCCGCGGUUUCAGCCUGGCCCCUUCCCUCUGCCUCCUCCCUCGCCUGCGCACGCUUACUCUCACCAGCUGCAACGAUCUCACCACCCUGCCUGCUGGCUUCGGCUCUCUAUGCUCCCUGCAGUGCCUCUCUAUCGACUCGUGCAUGAAGUUCCACCAUCUGCCCGACUCGUUCUCCACCCUCCCCUCCCUGACCCUUCUCAGCAUAUCCAACUGCCCGGAAUUCUACUCCCUUCCUGAGAACCAUGGCCUGCUGCCCCGCCUAACCCGCAUCAAAAUUGUCGAAUGCGACUCAUUCUUGCAACUUCCUGGCUCCUUCUCUUCCUUGCCUGUGCUCCGACUGGCCUGCUUCAGCCUUUGCAAGCAGCUGCACUCCCUCCCGCCCACCCUUGGCCUGCUGCCGCGCUUAGAAGUGCUUCAGUUGAGGGAGGGUGAGGCACUCAAGUCGCUACCGGAGUCACUCAGGCAGGUGAGGGCUCUGAGGCACGUGGAUGUGUAUGGCUGUGGGGUGUCGGAGAAAGGGGUGGAGGAGGUGGGCUUUUGUGGGAAACAAGUGCAUGUUGUGUGGGGGAGGAUGGGAAAGGCUGAGCAUGUGGGGUGGGGACGAAGGACAAGGGGAAGAAGGGGAGAAGAUGGGCGGGAUGUGAAAUUGGAGGAAGGAUAA